AUGGGUCGCCGAAGCCACGAAGCAGGAUGCGAGGGGUUCCUACCGUCUAGUCCGCGGGUGCGAGUUAGCGUUUCGCUGCUCUCUUUUGCACUACUCACACCCCCUUCGCUUCUGCUUCAGGGCACCCCACCUUUGCGACUACCAGCGAUACUUCUCUCAGCACCUUCCGCACCCCCUAGCCAAUGUGCGCUCGCGCCGACCGACAAGCGCUCUUUCCUUGACUCCCCCAUACCGAGCGAGCUGCCCUCACUUUCCCACCUCUCUACCGAACAGGACCGGGACGAGGCAAUCCUUGACGUCUCCGCCUUCAGUGUAGAGGGCUUCCCCGACUUCAAACUCGACCUCGAGUGCCUUUCCCCUCCACCGUCGCCGCCUAGUCCGCUUCUGGCGCUGACAGGCGGACAGGGCUACGGAUACCUCCCCUCCAUUCCACCCUCAUCGCGCGGCUCGGGCUCCUUCUCUGCUGAGCGCUACCCGGCCGACUCAGCCCCGCCGCGGCUCAGUUUCGGCGGUGAAGGGUUUGGAACCAUGCCGGGCGGAUCGUGGACCGUGUCGCGCUACGUUGGACGGGGAACCCCGAUCGACCGCAGUCGGCGCUCGCAAUGGGCGGAUGGAGAGCAAGAUGAAAGUGAUGUGGAUGAGCAGGGGGUGUUGUUUCAAGCUCGCGCGACCUCGAUGGACUCCACAUUCCCCCCCUCGAAUUCGAAUGGUGGCUCGCAGCGCUCCGUAUCGCCGCUUGGGUACUCGGACUACGUCUCAUCCCCCGCUGACACGAACACGACAAAGAAAGGGAAGGCCCACACAUUUUCCCCCGCGCGAUCAAAGCGCUAUGGCUUCAUCAAUAGCACUGCGAAUGGCGGACGGGCGAGGUCGGCGAGCGCUAGAGCACAACCUUAUUCUGAGCAGGGUUAUGCGCAAGCUCGCGCUGAUUUGACUGCGCCGCUUCCUGAGAGCAAGAAAAUCAAGGUUCCAGGCCUCCAUUCCGAGCCAUCGGCGGAGUGGGCGGAGGCGAUGCGUGCUGCGAUUGGAGUUUCAACUGUGCAAGGCACACAUCGUUCUGCCCAUGCGUCUUCGCCGAACCACGAGAACUACAGCGCUGCCCGUUUGGAAGACGAGUUGGAGGAUGUCCCGCUCGGUUCACUCACGCGCCGCGAGACUCAACCCACCGGUAACGGCCAUCAGCAGCUUCACGGCCUAUCGUUCCCGUGGCUCGACACGAGCAUCCAGCCGCUUCCGAGCCUGCGCGGCGCGAGCACCGAUACUGGCGAUGUGCGGCCUCUUUCGGAAGGCCGGGCCGGCGCGGAACCGGGGGCGGCGAAGGAGGGCACGGAGGCGAGCGCGAGCGUUUACUCAUGCGAGUCGUCGCCCAGGGAAGACACCGGCCCGGCGCCGGUGGUGGGCACCCCCGCUGAUGGAGUUCUGCCCCAGCGCAGCGUGCGGACGAGGCGCACUGGCAGGGGGCGGGCAAGGGAGUGGUGGCGCCGCGUGUGGAGCCGGUGGCGCGGGGCUGUGCGGCGGGUUAGGAAGAGGAGGGCCGAGGAUGGGAAGGGGAAGUUGAGUAACGGCGAAGAGGUGGCGUUGGUGCGGGGGUGA